AUGCCAAAACGCGAGCGUGACGAUGCUGUAGCCGAGCUCAGCACGGCGUUCUUCACGGAGAUGCUCCAGGAGAUCCUCAUGGACGUCGUCCAGCAGACGCACCAGGAGGCCGCGCGGACGCGGGCGGUGUGCGACGUCUGCCACACGCGGUGCGUGCUCCCGCUUCGACUCCCUGCGCCCUUCCGCAAAGCGGGCUCCUCGCGCGUGCCCACGCCGCACACCGAGGCCAAAGGCGACGGCGCGAGCCCGGCCACGAACGGGGCGAACACGCCGGCGAAUGGCAAAGACGGUCCGGUGCUGCUCGAGUGCGUGGAGUGCAAGCGGCAGAUCGCGUCGAACAGGUACGCGCCGCACUUGAGCAGCUGCAUGGGCAUCGGGAACCGGAGGGGCGCGGCGCGGAAUGCGUCGGUGAAGUCGAAGCUUGGGAGCGAGCUCGCCAAGAUGGGGUCUCCUGUGUUAGGCGCAGAGAUGCAGAUUCGCCGGAAGAGUUUGUUAAGCCCCCACCGAAGAAGAGCAAGUCGAAAGCCAAGAAAGCUGGUGAAUGAUAUACUCAAUGUGAACGGUAAACGAACCGCAUCGCCUUCUGUUUCGCCAGUAAAGAAGUCGAAGAAACAGAAGACUACAGGUUCUCCUGCUGCCGCGGCUCGUGUCAAACUUGAUCCAGAUUCCCCGGCCACUUCCAACAAUCUACUGCCGACAUCGGCCAAGGUGCCUUCGAAACUGCGGGCCUCAUCCACGGUGUCAUCUCUACAUCGAGAGCAACGCUCGUCUUCUCCGGAAUCUGCAACUCGACUGUCGUCACCCGCACAGUCGAUAUCCACGCAAACGUCAGCAGUCGUACGGAGCCCUGCAAUCAGCAGCGCGACGUUGAAGUCGAAGCAGGCGAACGGGAAAGGCCGCGCCGCUCCGGCACCCCGGAUACCGAGUCCGCCACGACCGGUCCCGAUCAUUAGAAUGCCGGAAGCCGCAGGUUACAUCGUCGAUGUGGAGGGCGACGAGACGGGGUCCUCCACAGACACGGACAGCGAUUGA